AUGGAGGACAAGACCAUCUCAAUUAAGACGCCAAUAUGGCAAAACUGUGUCCAUUGCCCGAACCUGCUGUUUAACACUGCCACGGAAUUCGAAAGGCACAUUCAAGAAAAACAUAGCAUUAAAGAAGGCAGUAUUAUACUUUGUCAAUAUGGACAAAACGGUAUAUGUUCGGCAUUACAAUUUGGAGAUUUACGAAAGGCUGGAUUUAAAUAUCAUGUAAGACAAUAUCAUCUAUACAAAAAUAAUGUUACAGACGAUUGGACUUUUUACUCUUCAUCACAAAAUCUUCCUGCUGUACUAAAUGAUCCAAACAGAGGAAAGCAGAGCAAUUUUUUUACUAAGACAUGGGGUGAUGGUUUUGUAGAUAAAGUAGAAAUUUAUCCUAGUCCAUAUUUACCAGAAAUAACAUUAUUACAUUUUGAAUCUUACUGUAAAAAAAUAUCUAAAAGAUAUAGAAGGCACUGUCAGUUAAAAGUUAAUGUACCAAGUAAAGCUAAAGCACCAGUUGUAGAAACUGUUUGUGAAGUACCACAUAUUUUUUAUGAACAAUCUUUAGCUUUAAAUAAUCCUGAAAUAUUUUGCCAAGUUUUUCCUGGUCUUUCAAACAGUAAUGACAUAAAUAAUACAAUAAGAUCUUUACAAGAAACAUUGAGCACAUAUCUUGAUGUAAUAGAAAUGAAAAUAUCAAAGCAGGUUGCUCAAAAAUCUGAUGCUUUCUUUCAUGCAAUGCUUUCUCAUGAUACAAUAAUGGAUCAAAUGGCUAGAGCUCUUAGAACUGUCCAAAGUACAAGAAAAGAUAUAAAAGAUGUUAAAGAAAAUUUAACUGAAAAUCCAUUGAAACUGGUAAGCCUAACAAGAAUUAAUCAAAAUCUUAAUAAUGUGCAUGAUCUUCUAAAACUAAUGGGUACAGUACAACAAACUCAACCAAUGAUUCAACUGCUUCUCAGUACAUCAGACUAUGUUGCUGCAUUGGAUUUAAUAAGUUCUACUCAAAAAGUAUUGUCUACUCGAUUGUCAGGAAUUCAAGCUUUUCGUCAUUUGUCACCACAAUUAACAGAAAUGAAAAGAUUAAUUCACAAGAUGUUAAGUAAUGAAUUUUCAAGAUUUAUUGUGUCUGAUCUUAAUAGGCCUCUUAAAGAUCAAUCCGAGCUACCAGAUAGGGACAAAAUAGUUUCUAUUGUAUCAGGAAUACUUCGUUUAAAAGAAUUUGAUUUUCUUGAUAUUUUUAAAAAUGAAGCAAUGACAUCAAUUCAGGCUACAAUUAAACAAUGUGUCAUUGAAAUAAUUUCUCAGAGAGAUGGAAGUAAUGAAAUUGUUUUAAGAGGUUCUCACGCUGAUACAUGGUUACUCUGCAAUGAGGGUAUUAUAUUUCUUCAGAAAGUAACACCAAACUUGGUAAAUUUAUUUAAAAGAAUUUUAUCCAUAAGCAAUUUGGUUUUAGACAUAAGCCAAAUGAGUGACAUAACUGGUAAUGAUAGUGAAGUUUGGACACAGGAGGAAUGGUUACAUGUAGAGGAAAAAGUUAAAAAAUUAACUAUUGCCCUCUCCGACUACAGCAAUGAAAGGUGUGCUAAUCUUAUAGUGACUAAGACUGAAAAGGAAUUUGCAUUAACAGACUUAUCUCAACUGUCUAAACUAUCUGAUUUAAUAGAGAAAUUCUCUAGAGAAUGUGAAAAUAUAACAGGUCACCACAGUAAUGCCAUGAAACUGGCAUUAAGAAGUUUUGCUAUGAAAUAUAUUCAAAAUUUGCACUCUGAAAGGAGAUCACAACUUACUGUUGCACUUAAUGCUGAAAGAUGGAAAAUAGCAGAUGUCCCAUUUGAGUUACAAAGCGUAAUAAAUAAAAUAUGUGAAGCUGGUGAAAUACCUCUAAUAGUACAAUAUGAAAGCGGAAAACCAGAUGGAAAAUAUUUAAUUAUUAAUAAAGAAAAUUAUGCUGUUGUUGCUACAGUACAACUAUUAAUAAAAAUUUUGUUAGAGUACUGUGAUGCAACCAAACAGUCUCCAGAUAUAGUUCAAUACUUAGUACAUUGCAUGUUGGAACUUAUUAGAUUGUUUAACUCUCGGUGCUGUCAGUUAGUUUUAGGUGCAGGUGCUAUUCAGAGUGCUGGCUUAAAGACAAUAUCCACAUCAAAUUUGGCUCUAGUAUCAAGGUCUUUGCAAGUUAUUUUAUGGUUGUUACCUUUAAUGAUAAAAUUACUAGAAAGAGUGCAUUCUAAGGACCUUUCUUUAAGUGGUUUUAACAGCUUAGAAAGUGAUAUAGCUGGUCAUAAAAAAGAAAUUGAAAGUAAAAUUUGUUUAAUAGUUAGUAAUAUGUUAAGCUCCCAGCUAGGAGGAUGGGAAGCCAAACCUCCAGUCCCUUCACAAACAUUCCGUAAUAUAUCUAAACAUUUAGUAAAAUUACAUGAAGCUCUAAUUGAUAUUUUACCAAUAGAACAAAUACGUAACAUAUAUAUGAAAGUUCAUAAUAACUUCAAAGAUAAAUUAAGAGAACAGCUGAAUAAAAUGAAUAUAAUCGCAAAUGGCAGUCCUCAACAUGGUGUUGUUACUUCUGAAUUGACAUUUUACUUACAAACCCUUAAAACACUAAGAGUAAUUAAUGAGAAUGAUUCUGAGGACAACAUAUUAUAUGAUAUAUGGUUAAAU